ACGUACGGUUGUCCAUACUUUCAACAUGGCGUCUGGAAGCGAUGUUGAAUAGAAAUAUUAUUGAAUAACUCUCGUUUAUUCGUCUCAUCUACAGUAAAUCAUUCUAUUAUUUUGAGGACACAACAAAACGAACUUUAGGAUUUGCCGGAACAGUCGCUGGAAUGCAAAGGGUAGAAAGUAAAUGGAGAUGUCGACUGAAAACAAUGAUACCUCAACCACUUCAACUCUGGAAGUAGCCCCAGCUGUAUCAGAAAGUAGUAGAGUUUCCACCUCCGAAUCUCCCGCUAAUGGUGUAGAACCAGCUGACAUCAGCUGGCCAAUUGAGGACAAGAAUCCGUUUAGUGGAUUUUCUGAGGAGCACUUGAACAAGCUGGACGAGUUUCUCUCUUCUGAAGAAGCCAAAAAAAUUCUACAGCAGACCACAGAGGGAGAUUUUACCAGCACCAUGGGUGACCUGGCAAACACACCCUCCACCUCUGAUGACGCGGCUGCAGAAGUCCUUGGAGAAGACAUUUUGAAAAUGCUAGAUAAUGGAAGUAUGCACUCGACUACAUUGGAUCAUCCUUACUGUGUCAAAGCUCCAAAAAUGAAUAUUUCUAAUGCGAUGACUAAAACAGAAAGUGAGACAAAUUCUGAGGAACAGUCACCUGUGAAACCACCUGACACUACCCCCAAAACUGCUACCUCUCCCAGAAAGUCUGCCAGAAUUUCACUGCGACGAGACCCUGAGGGAGAGUCAAAGGCAGAAAGUGAGGGUGCUUCUUCAAGUGUGGGCUUUGUGGGAGCAGUGCACCCUGGGAUAGUUCAGCCUGGAUUUGUGGGAGCAGUGCAUCCUGGGAUUGUUCAGCCUGAGCAUGCAGGUGUGGGACGGGGAAGGGGGCGUGGCAGGAAAAGCCUGAUUCCUGAAGAGACACCUGUCAAUAUUAGGCGGUCAAGCCGUGUGAGUGACAAGGAGCAGAGAGACCUGGCUGAGAAGAUCAGACAGGAGAAUCUGCAGCAGGAGAAGGCAGCACUGGAGGCCCUUAAAAAGCAGGAGAAUACUGACCAAGAGGAGGAGGGCAUUAAGACUGGGCCAAAAAGGGGAAGACCUCCAAAGACAGAGGUUAUUGAGACCCCAGAGUCUGCACCCAGGGGCAUUAAAGCAUCGGUGGCGAAGAAUAAGAGGGGAAAGAAAGCUCAAUCAGAAUCUCAGAAUGAGGAGGAGAGCAGUGAAGAUGAAGACCACACUCCAAAGGGAAAAAGAGUUUCUCCCAGAACUUCAGGCAGGGUCACUCGGGGAAGAGCAGGGAAAAAUGCAGAGGAAGAAACUGAAGAAUCUUCUGACACUGAUAAGAAUAACAAAGGAAAGGGGAAAAACAAGCUUGAUUCUGAAGUGGAUGAGACUCCUAUCAGGAAAGGAAGACGACGGACAAAGGGGCAAACCACGGACAGUGAAAGUGAUUCCCCGAAGGAAGUGGUAAAGAGGCUGACUCGAAGUGGAGUGAAGGAAUCCUCCGAUACUGACGCUUCUCCCCAGAAGGGCAAGAAAGUCAGAAAGAAAGGUGGAGAUGUGGAAGAGACAGAAAGUGGAAAAGGAAAGAAAAAGGGAAAAGGAAAGAAGAAGGUGGAUGAUUCAGAAAGUGAGGAUGAUGUACCUCUCGUGGAUAUUAAAAAAAGCAAAGGCAGUCCAGAUGAGAAGCAAGCAAGUGACUCUGUUUCAAAAGUUUUACAAACUCCCGCAAGGAAUUUAGCUCAUGAUAAAAACUCUGAUGACUCUCCAAGGAGUAUUUUCAAGAUGUUUGAAAGUGGCUUAAUUCAGGAGGGUCAAGAAGAGACUGCUAAAACCGCAGAACCUGUUGUUUCUUCUCUUGUUUCUGAGGUCUUGGAACUACCCAUUCACUCUGGAAAAAGUUCUGCACAGAAUGAAAACACUUCUCUAGUAAGUGACAUUGCAGGGCCAAGUGAUCAAACAGUUGUAAGCGAUUCCAAAGGAUCUGAUGAAAAGUCAGUGGAGUGUGAAGCCAGAGUGGAGGAGUUGAAUUAUGAAGAUUUCAUUUCACUUAUGGGUGGAGAAACAAAACAGGAAUCCAAAGCGACAGCAAAGAAAGACACAACAGAAAGUGAUUCUAAAGCUGUCAAACCUGUGAAAAAGAAGACAAGGAAAUCUGAAGAAAUCAAAGUAGAUCAGAGCAUGUUGGAUCUGUUCAAACCAGAUGUGGACGUGUCCAGCAAGCGAAAGGGGAGUGUUAGUGGUAAGAAAGAAGUGCCAUCAGCAACAGAGACUGAAAAGUCUUCAGAAAAGCCUCCUGACUCUAAAAGAAAGCUUUCUGAUUCGGAUAAAAAUUCUAGUCACAAAUCAUCUGAUUCUGGUAAAGGAAAAAAAGACGCUGGAACGGAGAAAACACGCAAAGAUUCUGAGAAAGACAUUUCUUCACAUGAGAAAGUUCGACGAGAUUCUGAGAAAGAGACUAAGAAGGAUGGGAAAAAAGGUGAUUCUUCUGUCAACAAAACAGAGAAAGACAAAAGUGAAAAUAGUGAUAAGAAGGGAACCAAAAACGAAAGUGUUCAAGUACAAAAAGAAGAGCAAAAAGUCAAAACUGCAGCAGAUAAAGGUGCUAUGAAAAAAGAAAAUACAAAAAGUUUAAAAAAAGAUUCUGGAAAGAAGGAUGAAAAACAUGGAAAAACUGAUGUGAAAAAGGAACAACUUGCUGAGGAAAAUUCAGAGGUGAAAGAUAAAGUGAAAGAGAGUGAAAGUGUGAAAAUGGUCGUCAAAGAUCCUGUUGAGAAUGACCAGUCUGUCAGUGAACCAAAGGAAAAAGGCCAAGAGGACAUGAAAGUUGAAAUCACAGAAAAGAGCAAAGAGAGUAGUGAAAAUGAUGAAAAGAAAGAAGAAAAGAAAGUAGUCAGCCAGGAAAAUGAGAAAGAAAAGGAGACUGAUAAGAAAGAAACGUUAACAUUGGAAAAGAAAACGGAGAAGCUGGAAGAGUUACCCAAGGUGGAGGAGGUAAAGACGGAAGAGGAGGUAACUCCGGGAGGCAGGGGACAAAGAAAAGCCAAACUCAAAUUCUUGAGGGAAAAACUGCCAGAAAUGACAGAGAAGGAGAAGAGACCAAUUAAAAAGAAACCAGUGAAAACUAAACCAGCUGCCGAAGAGGAGGAAAGCAAGGAAAAAGGAGAGGAGAGUGAUGAAAGCGAUGGAUUAGGCUUUGAGGAUGAUGAAAAUGACUCCGACUAUGAGGCUCCUGAUGAAAAAUACUGUAUCUGUAAACAACCAUAUGGAAAAAGGUUUAUGAUCUGUUGUGACACCUGUGAGAAUUGGUACCAUGGCUCCUGUGUGGGCAUCACCAAAGCUAAGGGGAAAGAGAUGGAGAAGAACAAUGAAGACUACGUGUGUCCUCCCUGUAAAGAGAAAAAGGCCACUGGUAAAGAGAAAUCGGUACAGCAUGCUGACAGUGCAGUGAAGGGUGAAAAAGAGGAAGUCUUGAAGAAGGGAGAAGACAGACCAGGAAGUGGAGGAAAGAGGAAGGAGGGGGACUCGGAGAAACAUGCAGAGAAAUCAAAGAGGAAGUUGGAGCAUCACACAGAUUCUCCACACAAAAAACAUAAAGAGGACAAAUCUGAAGGAAGCAAGUCCUCCAGCAAAGUGAGGACCGGUGAGGAGAGGAGGAGUCAUUCCUUGGAUUCAAGAUCCUCAGAUUCUCACUCCUCCAAGGGGAGACACGAUAGAGACCGGCAUCACUCUGCGUCCAAGGACAGGAGACACAGUGAUAAGAAGGCCACCCCUGUAAAGGACAUGGCUGCUCAGAGAUGUGUGAAUACUCAAUGUAAUAAGUACGCCAAGCGGGAGUCUGUUUACUGUGGUACAGACUGUAUCCACCAACACGCCAAGGACUCACUGAGAGUGCUCAACAGAUUCGACGCCAAGAGGGGCAAAGCUCACGGUCCGUUAUGGCGAGUCCCCGUGAGGGAGAGGAAGACAGGGCGCGUGUAUACGGGUUCUAACGCUCCACUGGAGAGUGUGCUCGUCACCUGGCUGUUACAACACCCCACGUUUGAGGUGGUGCGCCCCAAACUCUCCAGCAGUGCCAGUCGUGAUAAAUCUAAGGAUCACCAUCAGAAAGAGAAAUCCAAGCAACAGAAGUCCCCGUCUCACCACGACAGCAAGCACGGGGACCACAAAGACAGGCCCAGUCACAGUGGUGUCCCCCUGGACAAGGUGUCGGAGCAGGCCAAGGGAAAGAAAGAGGAUGGGCCGGACAUGGUCAGACUGAAUGUACGCAAAUCCCUCAGGGAUGCUCUCAUCAACAGGGCUGACGGAGCUGAUGAUGUAAUGUUGUCAACUAUCGAGAUAAGGACAAUAGCUCUGAAAAUCGAAGAGGAACUGUACGCUGUGUUUCAAGAAACAGGCCACAAGUAUAAGGCCAAGUACAGGAGUCUUAUCUUCAACAUCAAGGACUCCAGAAACCAGGGGCUGUUCCGUAAGAUCCUGAAUGGCCACAUCAAGCCCGGUGAACUGGUGAAGAUGACCCCCGAGGAACUCGCUUCUAAGGAGCUUGCGAGGUGGAGAGAAUUCGAAGCCAAACAUCAACUAGAGAUGAUCGAGGCAGUGGAGAAGGAACACAUGUUGGAGGGACAACACAUUGUGAAGAAAACUCACAAGGGAGAGAUUGACAUGGACGAGGAUCUCAGCACUCUGGAGGAUAAAGGGGUAGGCAGAGAGAAGAAACCAGAGGUGUCUCAGGAGGAGGAGAAUAAUGCGGAGUCCUCGGACGUUAUUGUUGAUACCACUGGUCAGCAUAAGCUCCAUGUAUUUGACCUCAACUGUAAGAUCUGCACAGGAAAAGUUGCCCCUCCAGUGGACGAGUCCACACCGAAGAAGGAGGUGACAGUAGCAAAGCAGGUGUCAUUGGAGGAGUCCCCAAAGAAUAUCAGAGAAAAAGAGAAAAAGCCACAGAAGAAAACAGAAGAGCAACAGAAGAAAGCAGAGAUGGUUGUAAAAGAAGUACUGAAGGCAAUUCAGAAAGCCAAGGCUGAGGUUCCCCAUGUGGACUCUACGGUCACUGUUAGGUCUCCAGACUCUGCGCUCCAAUCUGGGCUGGAGAAGCCAAAGUUUACCCCCUCUGGGCCUCAGCUGUGGAAAGGUUUCAUCCAGAUGCAGGAUGUUGCGAAGUUUGUCACCACAGCCUAUCCUGUGUCUGGGCUGGCAGACAAACUGGAUUUGCCCGAUACUAUCCAUGUCUGUGGGAGAAUUGGACCAGAGCAGAUCUGGGAUUACUUGGCCAAAAUGAAGAAAAUUGGAUCAAAAGAUAUUGUGAUAUUGCGGUUUAUUCCCGGGGGAGACGAGGAGAAGACGAGCUACAUCAACCUGUACUCCUACCUGAAUAGCCGGGCCCGCUGUGGGGUAGUGGGCAACAAAGCCAAGCACAUCAAGGACUUCUACAUCCUCCCCCUGGCCUCCCACAGCCAGAUCCCUUCCAUACUCACCCCUUUUGAUGGCCCAGGACUAGAAGAUAACCGCCCUCAUAUGCUGUUGGCAAUCAUCGUCAAACAAAAACAAAAACGGCACAGUGACCAUGAUCAUCACCACGACAGCAAGAAAUCAAAGCACGAUUACGACCACCAUCGCAGCAAACACAGCAGUGGCAAAUCCUACACUCCGUCUAGCUCACGGAGCUCAUCAAAAGAUUCAUCCAGAUCUACUAACAAGUCACGUAAUGACUCGUCCUCGUCUGAAACAAGUACUCCUGUGUCAGGGGGAGGUACCCCCAGAGUCCCCUCCAACCCUGGAGCCUUGAUGGAGAAAAGUGACCCCAUCGUAAAGGCCUACGGAAAAGGGGCGGGGCUUGUAGAUGAUGAGCAUGAUCAUGAUAGUAAAUCAUCUGCAGAUGAUAUUCCAUAUGAUCCUGAAGACGACUCUCAGCUCCCUUACAAGAAGGCAAAGUCGGAUAGGGAAGAUAAAAAAUCGCAGGAUAAGCCCUCGGUAACCACUGUAACAGAACUUAUAGGGAGGAUCUCAAAGUGCAAUAGUCCAGCAGAGUCUACAGCUCUCACAGUGGCAGCAUUGGCAACACUCAAGUCAACACAAGAAAAAAGGCGGUUUCUUCUGGACCUCACAUCCAAAGUGGAGGAGCAGAAAAAACUGCUGGAGAAGAAAGAAGUGGCCAAACUGACAGCAAGAACGCUAGUGUCUGCCAUAUAUGCGAUAAGUGCUGCAUCUAAGGCAUUAAUUCCAGUUGCAAAAGUUGCCGCCAAGACAGGUUCUUUGCCGUCUGCUUCCCAGACUGCGGCUUCCACCACAGAAUCUCCCACCACAAGUACACCACUGAAAUCUGAUACAGUGGUGCAGUCAUCCAGUGAAAAGCAGGUUGUGGUGUCUCCAAGCCUUAUCUCAACAGCUCCUAGUGACUCAGUGACUGAGAUUAAGACUUCAACUAUUUCAUCAGACAUUACAGUGACUAGCAUGGCACAAACUGAUUUUUCAAUGGUGGAGAUGAAUUCAGGGCAGGAUGUGGACAUGAGGAUUGGCACCAGGCCUCCGGUGUCCAGUAGGAUUAGUAAAGAAACAAUUACAAGUGUGGAAAAGAAUGUACAACCACCAAACUUCUAUGUGGAAAAUCCUUCUAUUUCAAUGCAAGAUACUCCAUCAGAGGAAAGCAGUAAACCUGUGAAUCCAUCAGAGAUGCCAGAGGCUCUCAAAUCUCUCUUUUCCAUUAUUCCCAGUGCAAACUACAAUUUCAUGAGCAAUAUUAAAGAUAGUAGUGAAAAAGACACUAAAGAAACAGAAGUGGUGGAUUCAUAUUCCACAUCAUCUGGACUGUUGUCAUCCACACAGUCAGAAGAGGUGGUGGAAGAAGAGAAGGAGGCACCAAAAGGGAAAAAGAACACAUUUAAUGUGUCUCUCUUGGACUUUGACUAUGGAGAUUCAGACAGUGAUGGCGAAGACUCCAGUAAAGCUCCCCACAGGAGCAAGGCAGGAAAACGGUCCCCUAGUGGAUCUGGUGAAGGCACUGAGGGAAAGGCAAACGCAGAAUCAAGUGGUAAAUACAAAACAGAUAGAGAGUUAAUGCCUCCACCGCCUCCACCUAUUGGUCUAGAGAAACCCGAUGGAGCUCCACCCCCGCCUGAUUCAGAGUUACCUCCUUUGCCAUCGGAACCUCCACCACCUCUCCCAGAACACGAACCAGAAGAAGAAAUUAAGGAGGGUAAUAAAAGCAAAAAGAAGAAAAAGAAGGCACCCAAACUUCCACCUGAAAUUGUUCUUACGCCAACCAAUCCAGUGGGCAAAGCCAUACUGGAAGCAACUUAUCAAAAACUGGAAUAUGAUAUAGUUCAUCAAAUGAACAUGCCCCCACCUCCCUUACCUCCUCUGCCCCUCACUCCAAAUGUCCCUCCCCCAACCGGUGUGCCCCCUCCCACAGGGGUUCCUCCCCCCAAUCUACCCUCCAUGCCUCCCAGUGGCCAGAACAUGCAGGGACCUCCAUCCUUGCCCAUCGUCCCAAUGCCUUCUAUGUCUGGUCCCCCUCCCCCUUUGAAUUGUCCCCCUCCUCCCCUGUCUGGUCCCCCUCCUCCAAUGUCUUGUCCUCCUCCUCCUUUAUCAAGUAUGCCCCUUAGGGGGCCUCCUCCUGUACCCCUUCAGGGUAUGCCUCCUACUUCGAUGCCUUUGACCAUGCCUAUGGGUCCAGGCCACGAGGGUCCACCACCUUUUCAGGGACCUUCUAAUGCGCAGCAUGCUGAAAACCAAGGGCACCAACCAAAGAAGCACCCAGGCUUCACAGGCAAGCCACCGUGGGAAGACAACAAUUUGGCUGAUGAGGCCCUGACCUUACCCUUAGAGGACCAAGACUUCAGAGACAGAGACUUUAGACAUGGGGAGGAUGUUGAUGAAAGACAAAGAACGUGGACUGGGAACCGACAGAAAUUCCCACCCCCCUGGGCUCAGGAUGUGGAUCACAGACACAAAAAGGACUCGAGCGGGCCCCAUGGGAUGGCAGAAGACAGAGAUUUCCGACACCGCCCCCGAGGCCGGGAAGAUGAGUACCGGUCGAGGGACUAUUCCCGGGACGGCCGACUGGAGUAUACAGAGGACCAAGACUACAGAUCACAUGAUCAAAGGCGGAAAAAGCGGCACGGACACAGUCCCGAUCAGUCUUCGCACUCCAAGAAAUCUCGGCACCACGACAGGGAUCGGCAUCAUCAUGGAAGGGAUGACGUGGGGGAUAGGGGGAACAGAGAGGAGGGGCAUGGGGGGCAGCACCAGAAAAAGGGGACCGAUUUACCCAAACCUGUCCCUCCUCCGGGGGUGACAUCCUCAUCUACAGGUGAUGCCCCACCCCAGGGGAAAGGGAUGCCAACGGAACACAGACCUCUUCCUCCAAAAACACAACCUGCACCCCCAGGAGUGGACGAGUGGAAAUGAUGACUGUAUUCCCAGCUUUCACAAAGAUUCUUUGAUUAGUUGUUGUUAUUAACAGUAUUUGUUGUGAAGAUUUUAUGCCAUUAUGAACAAUUUCGCUUCAAAAUUAUGUACAGUGUAUUUUUAAAUUUUUUUUUAAGUCUGAACUUGUUGAUGUUAAAUAUGAUGUCACCUUAGGGUUUUAGCCAUUUUAAGUAUAUUUUCUCAAUUGCUUUCGGUUGUAGAAAGUUAUGAAAAAUAAUUGAAAUAUUUAUGUACCUGAACUUGAUGAAAAAAAUAUGGUAUUCAUUGUAACUAUGCUUCAAGACUUCAUUCAGGGGAAAAUUCUGAUUGAAACUUGUGAUACAAUCAAAGUUCCAUCGUUUAUCACAUAUUAGCUGUAUUAAUAUGGAUAAGGUUGUUUUUGCGUCAUACUAAUAGACUGGGGUCAUUUUAAUAGAAGAAAAUCAAAACUUCAACUAAUUAGAUAUUGUUUAUUACAAUAUCAUAGGUGACAGACCUUAUUAAGACAAAAUGGAAAAAAACAUUUUAAUUUUUCCGCCCUGGUUAGACGUUAGAUUUUAAAAAGAAACAUGUACUCAUAGAAUAGAUGUUAAUUUGAAUUGGCCAGACAUGCAAUAAUUUAAAGGGGCAUGGUGACGCACAAGCCCAUGAUUCAGCAAAUAUCGAAUUUUUUCUCGAUUUCCACAUAUUUCAUAUAUCAUAUGAAAACUAAACUUGAAAGAUUACGGUGUUGAAAAGUAAAAAAAAAAGAUAAAUUAAAAAGAGAAAAAUAGAAUUAGCGUUGGGCCAACACAAAAAUAUUGAGAUUUCUUUCCGCUUCAUAGCCACGCAAGCGCAGGGGAUGUAAAUACUGCAGCGUGGCAUACAUCAUGAGCGAGAAACCUCUUAUUGAAACAUGAUGUCUUCAAGAAUUAUAUAUUUAUUAACAUGCAUUUUCUAUAAUUGCAUAUUUUUUACCACAGUCAUCGAAUAGCUUCUAAUUCAAAUUCUUUUUUCAGUGUGUCAAUCCCCUUGUAACUAUUUUUAGACAGAAAUCGCAAUCACGUGACACUAAACCAAUGUCCAAAACAAAUCGGUUUGUUUACAUGUGCAAUUUCCGGAUGAAAUCUCGAGUAGCUCUUUAUUUCUGUUGUCAUAGUCAAAAAGCAAAACAUCUAUUUUGAGUCACCGUGCCACUUUAAAGUUGCAGCUGUGUUGAAUUUCACUCCGAACAGAGGGUUUGGCUGCUGAAAUGUAGGGCAGCAAAAGUUCAUGAAAAGUUCAAAUUUUAUAAAUCAAUUUUACUAUUCUUGACUGAGAUGUGCAUGAACUAUUGUCUCGUCAGCUUUAUUUUUUUUCACUGAGAACUAGACAGAUUUGUAUAGAUACACGUGUGUUUUGUUAAAGUAAGGUACUUGUGACGUAAUAUAUACCGAUCCUGAGAGCCCUGUAGGUAGUCUAAUGAGGCAUAAUUAUAAAUACGUUUUACCGAGCUUUGUUUGCCAUUUCUCUGUUGUUUACGAUGUUUCAUUGGAAUGGAGUAUUUGUUAUAUAUUUUAGUUGCCACUGAUUGGUUUCUUUGGCACGUGUCCAUGUCUUGUACAUGAAGAAAAGUGAAAUAAACCAGUCUUGGGUUCAA